AUGACCAGCCUCGCCAAGUCAACCGGCCUGGAGACCUUCCUUCAAGGAAGUCCCGAAAUAAAAUACAUCCCUCCAAACUCUCCCGACUACCCCGCUGCUCGCAAGGUCUUCCACGCCGGCCGACGUGACAACCCACUGGCUAUUGUCCAGCCGCAAUCCCCCUCUGACGUCGCUGCUCUUAUCAAAUAUGCCAAAUCUAGCUCCCUGCCUUUUACUAUCCGUUCAGGCGGUCACAAUUUGGAAGGUCGCGCUAUUGUUGAAGGUGCCUUAUGCAUCGACCUGCGUGCCCUGACUGCCGUCACUGUCGCGUCGGAUCGUCAAUCCGCUACUGUUCAAGGUGGUGUUUUACAAGGUGACCUCGCCAAUAAGCUUUGGGCAGAGGGCCUAGCCACUCCAACAGGAACAAUCCCGUCCGUCGGCUAUGUCGGCUGGGCCACAUACGGCGGGUAUGGACCGUUCUCUUCGCAUUGGGGCCUAGGAGUAGACCAGAUUCUCAGUGCUACUAUUGUCAACCACGACGGUGAUAUUAUUCACGUCAACGCCGACGAGCCUCUUCUGCAAGGUAUCCGCGGCGCCGGCGGUCUUUACGGAGUUAUUCUUGAUCUCACGAUUAAGGUUUACCCACUCACCAGUCUCCUCGCCGGUGCCAUUAUUUUCGAUUCUUCUAAUAUCACUAAAACAUGCGUGGACUUUAACGCUGCCUAUGAAAACCUCCUCGACACCGAAGGUCUACCGCUAGAACUUACGAUCCAACAAAUUGCCUUCAACGCUCCCACGGGGCGCUGCUUCGGCACCAUCUUCGUCUGGAGCGGUGUCAAUAUUGAAGAAGGCCAAUACUGGAGCGAAAAGAUCGCCAGUCUUGGUCCUCUUGUAGCGAAUACUGUCGCCCCUGCCAACAUUCAGGACUGGUUUCGCGGUAAUGGGGCUCUUGUCCCACCGACGGCCUUUGGCUCUUCAUACACGCAUAACAUCAGCCGCGUGUCCCCAGUCAUAGCUGAGACGAUCGGACGCGGUCUGGCCUCAAUGCCCUCCGACCCAGGCACCAUGGUGUCAAUUCACCAGCUUCGGGGGCCGUCCACAGAACCGCAAGGCAUUUCUUCCUCGGUAUUUGAGGCCCGAGAGCCUCACUAUAUGCUGGAGUUACUGGGAUUGACGGUUCAGAAGGAUGUACAGAAGGAGUCGGAGAAGUGGGCCGCUCAGAUGGCAGAAGAUAUCAAGCAGGCCGACCCAGACUAUGUACUCCCUUCGGCUUACGUGUCUUUAUACGCCACUACUGUUCAAGCAACGUCACCGGCAAAGACACUAGAAAAAACAUAUGGGUCAAAGGUGGAGGUCUUGAAGGCUCUGAAGGCUAAGUUCGAUCCAGAAAACGUGUUUAGCUUGGCGAUACCGGCGUUGAAAUAA